AUGGUCGCGCGUCAACGCCGUCCGCUCGUCUCGCUCGAAGCGCAGCUGCAGCAGCUCACGCUCUUCUCCGACCUCGAUGCGGAUCAAGAAAACCUGGAGCAGCUCGGCCCCAUCAUCAAGUCGCUCGACGAGGCGCGCCAGCAGGAUGCCUUCCUGCGCCACCUCAAGAACUUUGUGCGCGAGAAGGACUCGGAGAUCGAAGCCGUCUGCGACGCCAACCAUUCCGAAUUCGUCGCAGCCGUAGAUAAACUGCUCAAGGUGCGCUCGGGCACCGUGACGCUCAAGCACCGCAUCGGCGAGCUCAACGAAGACGUCCAAGCCGGAGGCACGUCUCUGGGCAACAAGAAACGGCAGCUGCUCGAGACGCAACGCACCGCGGCCAACGUCAACGAGGCCAUUGGAUCGCUGCAUACGUGCCUGCGCGUGCUCGACCUGGCGAAUCGCGUCGACGGUCUGAUUGGGGAGAAGAAAUACUUUGCGGCGCUGCGCAGUCUGCAGGAGCUCGAGUCGGUGCAUCUGCGCGCGGUGCUGCAUCACGAGUUUGCCAAGCAUAUGAUGGACUCGAUCCCGCAGAUGCGCAACCAGGUCAAGGCCGCCGUCACGCGCGAGAUGAAGGAAUGGCUCUUUGAGGCGCGCGAAAAGUCGCGCACCGUCGGCAAGCUCGCGCUCGAGGCCAUCGAGACGCGCCAGAAGCGAUGGCGCGUAAAGGCGCAGCGCGAUCCGCUGCUGCGGCUGGCCAAGCUCAACUCGGCCAUCGAGCUCGUCGCCAACGAACGCACCGAGCACAACUUUGUCGACAACGACACGGUCUCGAUCGAUUUCCGUCCGCUCUACCAGUGCAUCCACAUCUACGAUGCGCUCGACCUGCGCGAGGAGCUCCAGACGUCGUACCAGGAGGAUCGACGGGCGCAGGCGAAUCUGCUGCUCAACCAGGGGCUUUCGUUCGAUGCGUCCAAUCCGGCGGUGCCGCCGCUGCUCGAGGAGAUGGUCGGCUUCUUCCUCGUCGAGCACCACGUUAUUCAGACCACACCCGCCGGCUUCCGCGCCGAGGCCGAGGUGGAUGAUCUGUGGGACAGCAUGUGCAGCCGCGUUGUCGACAUCGUCUCGCUCGCCCUGCGCGACUGCAGCGAGACCAAGGUGUACGUCGCCGCCAAGGCGGCCAUCCAGACGUUCAUCCAGACGCUCGAGGGCUACUCGUUCCCCGUUGCCAAGCUCAACGCGCUGCUGCUCACACUGUUCGAGCGCUAUGCCCAGCUGCUGCGCGACCGCUUCAGCCGCGAUUUUCAGCAGGCCAUGCGCGAGACGCAGCACCAGCCCAUGGUAGUCCACAACACCGACGAGCUCAACAAGGUGCUCUCCGUCUGCUGGCUCAAACCGGGCGACGAAACCCUGCUGCGCGCAUCCACCUUCCCGCUCUCGCUACCCUUUUCGCAGACGUAUCCGCUGUGCUGCAUGGAUAUGCGCAAUCUCGUGGAUCAGUACUACGUCUUUUCCGACGGCUUUAGCUUUAGCCAGAACCACCGCGAGAUCGACGAGAUCCUCAAAAAGAGCCUGGACGAGCUGCUCAUCCAGCAGGUCUCGACGGGCAUUCGGCGCUCGCUCGACAAUACCGCCGCGAUCAACCUGUCGCAGAUCGCACAGAUCGUCGUCAACGCCGAGCACUUUAACCUGGCCUGUCUGGAGCUCGAGAAUCUUCUUGCUGCGCUGCGGGCGCCGCAUGGAAGGGGCGGAAAGUUGCAGCUCGAUGCGAGCAGUCACUUUGUCGCCACGCUGCGCAUUGCCGAGUCCAAGAUCAACGCCGCUUUUGCGGCCAAGUUGGACCAGUUUCUGGGGAUUGCAGAGUACGACUUUGCACCUGCAAAGGCGGGGCCGAGGGUGGUUUCGGCGUGGUUGGAGGAUACGGUGGAGUGGCUGCGGACAAUGAUGGAGUCGGUACUCGUUCUGCUGCCCGGUACGGUCAAGGCCAAAGUGUAUGCGGCAGCGUAUGCGCAUCUUGCGAGUAGUUUGCUGGACAAGCAGUUGCUGGGACCCGAUUCGGCGGCGGCGGUAAAUGCAGCUGGGUUGGAAGUGCUUCAAACCGACGUCGACUUUCUGGUCCGCAAUGCGGCCGAAGUGCAGACGGACGAAUCGUGUUUCCACCCCAUCGUACAGACACUCGCGGUGGUGCGCAACGAUAAAGUAGGCGAGUACGUGACCAUGCUUCAGAGCGGAAAACAGCCCGGUGGCGCAUGGGCGUAUGCGGCGGUUGAUCCGCGCAAGUUGCUCAACCUGCUCGACCGCAUGUACCGCACCCACUCUCGCCUCCCCACCGAAGCCGACCUUGCUGCCAAACGUCUCCGCGACAAAGAUUCUCUCAUCCGCGUCCUCAACUCUCCUGCCUUUCGUCGGUAA